AUGCACUGCAGCUGCCUGGCCGAGGGCAUCCCUGCCAUCGCUGCCGGUAACUCCUGGAUCUCAGGUGAGCCUCUGCCGGGUGUCCCAGCCGCGCUCCAGAGGCGCCCCGGCGGCCCCGGGAGCAGCCGCGGGGCGGCGCUCACUCCCCUCUCCACCCCAGGCCUGGCCUUCCCCGACUGGGCCUGCAAAGCCGAGUCGGCCCCGGGCUCCCGGCAGAUCCAGCUGUGGCACUUCAUCCUGGAGCUGCUGCAGAAGGAGGAGUUCCGCCAUGUCAUCGCCUGGCAGCAGGGCGCGUACGGGGAGUUUGUCAUCAAGGAUCCAGACGAGGUGGCCCGCCUCUGGGGCCGCAGGAAGUGCAAACCACAGAUGAAUUAUGACAAGCUGAGCCGGGCCCUCAGAUACUACUACAAUAAGAGGAUCUUACACAAGACCAAAGGCAAAAGGUUCACCUACAAGUUCAACUUCAGCAAGCUCAUCGUGGUCAACUACCCUCUGUGGGAGGUGCGGGCACCGCCAGCCCCCCACGCGCUGCUGGGGGCCCCCGCGCUGUUUCGACCAGCCCUGGUGCCCGUGGGCGUGCAGAGUGAGCUCCUGCAUGGCGUGCUCUUCACCCAUCUGGCCGUGGCAGAGCAACUGGCUGGACAGCAGACCCCUCAAGGGCCACCAGAGGCCUCUGGGGACAAGAAGGGAAGCAGCAGCCGUGUCCACCGACUUGGCUCUGCCCUGGCCCCCUGCCGGCUCAGCCCUUGCUGCCAUUUGGGGAGCCCCCAAGACGAACCUCCCAGUUUUGCCUCCUUCACUCCUCCGCUGCCACCCCCUGUCCCCUCCGACUGGCCCUGCCUCUCAGGGCCCUUCUUGCCCCCUGUCCCCGCAGAGCAGCUCUUCCCAGGGUCCUCCAGGCCAGACACCCUGCUCCCAGGACCCGCAGGUGCCCCGGUGGCCCGGCAUUUUCCCGGGCUUCCUCUGUUGGCCCGGCUGGCGCAGGGCGCUGGAGAGAGGCUCCGGCUCUCAUCCCUGAGGCCCGAGGGGCUGGAGGUAAAGCCCAGUCCCACGAUGGAUGCCAGGGAGGGCUUCUCCUCAGAGAGGCAGGGACCCAACACUGUAGAGGAAAGUUCUGUGUCCCCCAGUCUGGAGAACUUCAAAGCAGUGUGGCCCUUGGAUCCUCCUUAACGGGGGAGGAAGAUGUGAAAUUGGUGGGGAGGGUGUCCCCCAAAUUCCAUCUCUCCUCUUGUCUACCUCCCUUCUGGCUUUGCACCUUCCCCUGGCUGGAAACAGCUUUAAAUUGCAGGAGGAUGUGGAGGAAUGGAGUUGCACCCAAGGGGAUGGGGUCAUCGCAGGGAAAAAGCCUGUGUGGGGAUGGGGAAAAUUGAGGCAGUGUGCCUCCUCCCACCAAAUCGCUAAUCAGAUUGAGACAUUCUUAAUCUCAACCUUUUUGGGGAGAGAUCAGAAUGAGGUUUCCAGCGUUUGAAAGACCCCAUCCUUGCCCACAUGAGAGGGGAAAUUAAGCGUCUAAGUUGGGGAGGGGUUAGGAGAUCUUGUUCCCCGCGUCUCAGGGCAACUCCUUUCUUCUCUGGGGCCCUUGUCCCUUAUCCAGGCUAAGGUCUCCCCUCUCUCUCCUGCCCCUCCAUACACCUCUCUCAGAUCCCUCUGAUUUCUGUGACCCUGGGAGCUUCUGUCCCCUCCUUUCCCCAAGACCCAAACAAGUGAGGUCAGGAGGAACGGGCCUCCUCAGCUCUGUAAUACUCCCCUGCAGCCCUUGAAUAAAAUGCCCUUGGCA